AUUUCAAUCCACCAAACUUCGUUGUAAACCGCCACAGUCGCAGCUGGAAACUGGUAAAAACCGGGAGAAACUCUGAAUAAAAUGACGCCAAGCCGUUCCAACGGAAGGUCGCACGAGGACGAGUGGACCUGCAGGAAAUCGCUGGCCUCAGCACAUCUCUCCAUUAAGCCCCGACAGACGGCAACCAUGAAAACAAGGCCUCCUUGACUUGAAGACCACUUGACAGGAGGAAGUCACCCGUCAUCUUCGAUAAAUCCUCCUCUCUCACGUCACCUCCAGCAACCCGCACCUGCCUCGUCUCCUCUCCUGCAUCGUUCGAUCAAAGUUUGGAUGAUGCCUCCGCUGCUCGUCUGGGAUUAUUGAUAUCCGAUCAUCUGCGCUGGAGGUGACACAUCGUUCCUGUCUGUGGGAAAGUGGAUGAAACAUGGACUGAUUUUCUGCUCUGCAUUCAUCAUGGGAUUAAUACAGCUGCUCCUGCUUUUCGGCAUAUCCGGCUCCCCCGCAGUUUUAGGUUUUGGGGUCGACCCGGCGCUGCGCAUCGCUGUAUUUGAUGAGCUGACACUUGGAGAUGGUUUUGGUGGAGUUACUCAGGUCCAGGGCUUCCACGGCGAAUCCAGAGCCUUCCACUUCCAAGGUUCCUCCCGGGAGCUCAAGGCUCAUCCAGAUGUGUCGGAGCGAAUGUUCCAGAAGCUGAGAGGGAAGAAUGAGUUCACCGUUCUGGUGACGCUGAAACAGGAGCACCUGAACUCUGGCGUCAUCCUCUCCAUCCAUCAGUCGGAGAACAGGUUCCUGGAGUUGGAGAGCAGUGGCCAGCGCAGCGAGGUGCGUCUCCACUAUAGGACCAAAGGUCAACAACCGCACACUGAGGUGUUUCCCUACAGUCUGGCCGACGAUCAGUGGCACAAGGUGUCGGUGGCGGUCAGCGCCUCACAUGUGGUCCUGCACGUGGACUGUAACAGGAUCUAUGAGCGGGUUGUGGAGGUCCCCUACAUGGACAUACCAGAGGAUGCCACCUUCUGGCUCGGACAGAGAAAUGCAGCUCACGGCUUCUUCAAGGGGGUGAUGCAGGACGUGGAGAUCCUGGUGAUGCCGCAGGGCUACAUCUCUCAGUGUCCCGACCUCAACAGAACAUGCCCCACCUGCAACGACUUCCAUGGUCUGGUACAGAAGAUCAUGGAGCUGCAGGACGUCCUGGCCAGAACCUCCAACAAGCUGUCUCGAGCCGAGGAGAAGAUGAACGGACUGGAUGGCUGCUACUGUGAGAGGACCUGCAGUGUCAAGGGGGUGGUCUACAGAGAGGACGAGGGCUGGACAGAUGGCUGCAGGAACUGCUCGUGCACGAAUGGAAGCGUUCAGUGUGAAGUCGUCUCCUGCCCUCCUCCCCAGUGUCCAGCCGGCACCCUGCCUGCCUACGUGCGAGGUGCCUGCUGCAAGGAGUGCCAGCCUGUGUGCCUGUUUGGAGGACGAGAGCUGGUGGAGGGAGAUCAGAGAGCCGUACGGGACUCAACAGGGAGGUGUCUGCUUUUUGAAUGCAGGGACAGGACGAUGCAGCGGGUCGUCCCCUCUCAGCCCUGCCCUCAACUGCAGUGUCCAGAGUCCGAGCAGAUCGUCCUGAGCGACCGCUGCUGCAAAGUGUGCCGAGGUCAUGACUUCUGCUCAGAAGGACAUGGCUGCACAGAGCACUCAGACUGCGUGAACCUGGAGGCGGGUCAGUACUGUGUGUGCAAAGAUGGCUUCCGGCCUCUGCGUGACGACAACGCUUACUGUGAAGAUAUCGACGAGUGCGCCGAAGGGAAGCACUACUGCCGAGAGAACACCAUGUGUGUGAACACGCCGGGUUCCUUCAUGUGCAUUUGCCACACCGGCUACAUCCGGAUCGAUGACUAUUCCUGCACAGAGCACGAUGAAUGCGUGAGUGGACUCCACAGCUGCGACGAAAACGCUCUGUGCUUCAAUAUGGUGGGAGGCCACAGCUGCUCCUGCAAACCUGGCUACACUGGCAACGGAACCGUCUGCAAAGCCAUGUGUGAUGGACUGUGCCAGAAUGGUGGGACCUGUCUCUCGCCAAACAACUGUGUCUGCCAGCAGGGUUUCACCGGCAGCAAGUGUGAGACAGACAUCGAUGAGUGUGCAGACGGCUUUGUGGAGUGUGAUAGUAAAUCCACUUGUGUCAACUUGCCCGGCUGGUACCACUGCGAGUGCCGUGACGGUUACCACGACAACGGCUUGUUUUCUGCCAACGGGGAGUCUUGUGUGGACAUAAACGAGUGUAAGACAGGGAGAAACACCUGCGCCAACGACACUGUGUGUUUCAACCUGGACGGUGGAUACGACUGCCGCUGCCCCCACGGCCACAACUGCACCGGAGACUGUAUCCAUGACAACAAGGUCAAACACAGUGGACAGAUCUGGGUGCUGGACAGCGACCGCUGCUCCGUCUGCUCCUGUCAGGCCGGCCAGGUCAUGUGCCGCAGGAUGGUGUGCGACUGCGACAACCCCAACGCCGACUUGUUCUGCUGCCCCGAGUGCGACCCGCGACUCAGCAGCCAGUGUCUGCACCAGAACGGCAUUCUGACCUACGGCAGCGGCGACACCUGGGUGGAGAACUGUCAGCAGUGUCAGUGUCUGCAGGGGCAGGUAGACUGCUGGCCGCUGCCCUGCCCUCCGGUGGACUGCGAGUUCACCGUCGUGCCCGAGGGCGAGUGCUGCCCCCGCUGCGUGAGCGACCCCUGCCUGGCCGACACCAUCCGCAACGACAUCACCAAGACGUGCACGGACGAGAACAGCAUCUCCCGCUUCAGUGGCUCCUCCUGGAUCAAACACGGCACCGAAUGCACCCUGUGUCAGUGCAAGAAUGGACACAUCUGUUGCUCAGUGGACCCCAUGUGCCUUUAGUCCCGCAGACCUGAAGGCUCCUGUACAGAGUUCUCCUGUAAAAACACCGUUUUGUCUCACCGCUGGUCCCGGGCGUGGGUCCGGCCGGGUCCAGUUCGUUACGCUUGGAGAGGUUCGGGACCAGAACCUUCCAGGAAGUGGGAGCCCUGGUUUUCAUGCGUCUUUGUGAUUCUCAUUCGCUCACAGAAGAUGGAGUUGGGGGAGGGGCACCAUCACCCAUACCAGCCACAGAGGGGCGACGCUGGUCGAGGACUUGCGUAUCCAGCGUCCGCCACCUCUGUUUUUGCCCGCUCCCCUCCAGCCCAAUGCGCCAUUCUUUAGUUGUCGGCCUCAUGUUUCACUCCCCCUCGUGUUUGUGGCAGAACGCUAACCCAGACCCGGCCCACCCACGCCCUCCCCCCCCCCCCAAGCUCCGCCCUUUCCCUUCUUCUGUCAAACAGAUGGACUGCAGUCCCACAGACCCCUCGACCCCCCCCCUCCGACCUUCGCCACAUGAUUCUGUAAGAUAUGAAUAUUUACUGGCAUGACUGUCGCUUGGUGUCCAAAUAUUUUUGCCGAUUUGAGUUCAGACGCGCUAGCUAGCGUACCAACUCGCAAGAUUCCGUUGCCACAUCGAUGAGUCGUCAAUAUUUUGUGGUGAUUUGUAGACGUUUGAUUCAGUUCACCAUUUUGAAAUUCCUGAGCUUGUUAUAGUGUAUUAGUGAAAUAAAGUAUUUACAUUUAA